UCACUUCCGGGUCUGGUCGUGCGGAGGAGCGGCGUCGCGGGGCGCAGCAGCAUCCUCAGAUACAAAGAAGACGGCGACGAUGGCCGACAUCUCGCUGUAUCUCACCAACGUGAACGUGUCGAUAGGACAGACGAUGGAGCUGCAGCAGGGAGGAUUUAUAGAAACACUGAGGUCCUGCAGCACCACCUCCACCCUCACCUCCACCCAAACCCAUCCAUCCAUCCAUCCAUCCAUCCACCAGAACAUGGUGCAGACUGCAAGCCCAAACCUGGGGAAGGACUUUGAGAGCGUGGAGCUCGGGGAGCUGGACAAGAGGGAGGAGCAGCAGCAGCAGAGGGAGAAGGUCCCUCGCAGGAUCAUCCACUUCUCCAGCGGGGAGACCAUGGAGGAGUACAGCACCGAUGAGGAGGAGGCGGAGGAGAAGGAGGCGGAGAGGAAAGACCUGCUGUCCUCCCCGGUCGAUGCGGUGAGGUCAAAGCUGACCUGGGGUCCGUACUUCUGGUUCCACAUGUGGAGAGCAGCGACGUCCACCAUCUCAGCCUGCGACUACCUGGGGGAGAGGAUGGCCUCUCUCUUUGGGAUAACAUCAGCAAAGUAUCAGUACGCCAUCGAUGAAUACUACAGGAUGAAGAAGGAGAGGGAGGAAGAGAAAGAGGAAAACCGCCUGUCGGAGGAAGCGGAACGAUCCGUCGACCAGCCUCAGGACGACGAAGACGAAGAGAUCACGGCGGCGGAGCAGCCGGAGGUGGCCGACGCUCGCCCCGGUGUGACCUACCAGAUCGAGAAUGAGAACCGGGCGCCUUCGAGCACCAUCGUAGUCCCUGCGAUUGUCACGGCGACCUAAGCAUCCCUUAACAAAAGAAAAAAAAAAAGAAGGACGUUUGUGCUUUAAUGUCUGUCUGUUUGUAAAAGAAGGAAACACUACUGUCUUGUUUCACCGAGCACCGUUUGGUUUGUGUAUGACACAGCUUUAGAUGGGCAGCGCUGCUGUAUCGUGGUCGUCGGAGCGACAUCGGUAGCGGUGGAGCGACUCCUCCGACUACUCAGUGUCCCUUUGCAACAGCGUAGCAACUCAUGAUGUGACGACAGCUGGAUAACGGAGAGACAUGCCAUCACACGUGUUAUCCAGCCUGUCUGCAGCACCAUCAGUUGCUGCGGCAGCCUCCCCGAUUUGAAACGUUUUGCUGUGGAGUGAAGGUGAAAUGUUGCUCUCCCCCCACGUGCCUCUGACGGACCAGACACUGUGCCUAAAUCACCAAUACAGCCAUGUCGGCGACCGAUCUGGACGAGGCGUGUGUUUGAAAACGACUAAAGACGUGAAACAGCCUUUGGACUCAGCGAGUUCGCUCUAGCCUUUUUCAGAUACCUGACGCACGUAGAACAGCUGUUUCUUUUAGUCCAGAUCAGGUCGAACUGGUGCAAACCUCGAUACAACCCGGCUGCACCAAAGAGCUGGCCCUCCUAACACUCCCUCACAUGUCGAUUAGCUCUCUGUGUUCUGUAUUAAUGUGUAUUAAGCUGCAUUGCACUGAGCAGAUUUAGCCUUGGUUAUCAAAUCAUCCGUCGGACCGUGAGAAUGACUGACUGACCUUUUGUUAAAAAAAAAAAAACUAUGAAAACGGGUUUAGGUGUUUCUCCGUUGCUCUUAUUGUUAUCAGCCUCAUCUACUGUGGACGUGUGGACGCAUGGUAGAUGUGGUGUGUUCGCCUUUCACAAUGGCAGGGAGCAUUGUUACACUAAGUCUGUUUAACCAGUAAGUAAAACUUACAUUUUUAACUGUUUUUUAGUACGAUUUUUUAAUAUGUAUGUAUUUAUUUUGAACUGAACUGACAGAGCACUUAAUUUAAACUUUUUUUUUUUCUAUUGCUUUAGUAACGCUGUAAUGAAUUGUUAAUAAAAUCAUAAUAUUUGUCUGAUUUUUA